AUGUCCUCAAGUCCAGGCCACAAAAUCCAGGCCCAAAAUGUCCACAAGUCGGCCUCUGAAGGCCCCGCUCCUGCCUUUCGUUGGCCUCUGCAGGCCCAGCUGCUGUCCCCAGGUCUUCUUCCCGGCUGUGUUUAUACGCUCAGUUCCAACCAGACAACAACCUCUGUGGACAUCCCUCUUGCCAAGCUCCUGACGGCCUAUGUAGGCCCAAAACUUCCUCAACGCAAGCUCAUCAGGCCAAAUUCCACCCACAUGGGGGACUCUGCAGGCCGAAACCAUCCUGAAGUUGGAUCGUCCAGUCCAGAGGUGCUCCUGACUUUCGGCAGUUUCGACAGGCACCACUCCUGCCUCCUGGUGGCCGCUUUACACCCUGCUCAUUCCUCUCGGGGAAUGGCCUUUGCAGGCCCACUCUUGGCCUUCUGGCGGCCUCUCCAGGCCCCGAACUUCCUCAGACUUCCUCCAGUCAGCCUCUCCAGGCCCAGCUCUUCCUCCUGGCGGCAUCUGCAGGCCAACGCUGUCUUCGAGUCGGACUCUCCAGGGUUCGCUCCGGCUCCCGGUGGCCUCUGCGGGCCCAACUCGUCCCUCAGUCAGCCUGCGCCGGCCCACCUUCUGCCUCUCCGUGGCCUCUCCAGCUGCCAGACUUCCUCAGGGCUCGCUCCUGCUCCCGGCGGCCCUUGCGGGCCCAACUACUCCACAGUCGACCUCCACCGGCCCAGCUCCUGCCUCUCCGCGGCCUCCGCAUCUGCCAGACUCCCUCAGGCCCAGCCUAUGCCUUUCGGCGGCCUCUCCAGGCCCCGAGCUUCCUCAGGCCGUCCCCUCCAGGCCCAGUUGUGGCCUCCCGUCCUUCCGUCCAGGCCCAGCUCCUCCUGCUCCCGGCUGCGGCCGCGGGCCCAGCCCCACCCUCACGACAACCUCUUUGGACUCGACUCCGGCCCAGCUCCCGCUCCGCGGCCUUUGGAGGCCCCAAACGUCCUGAAGCCGGGCCCCAUGGUGGCCUCUCCGGGUCCGACUCCUGCCCCCCGGCCUCCCGUCCGGGCCGAGAUCCUCCUGCUCCCGGCUGUGGCUGUGGGCCCAGCCCCGGCCUCACGACAACCUCUUUGGACUCGACUCCGGCCCAGCUCCCGCUCCGCGGCCUUUGUAGGCCCCAAACGUCCUGAAUCCGGGCCCCAUGGUGGCCUCUCCGGGCCCACGCUGGCCUCGAGUCUCGGCCUCUCCAGGGCUCGCUCCUGCUCCCGGCGGCCCCUGCGGGCCCAACUCGUCGCCCAGUCGGCCUCCGCCGGCCCAGCUCCUGCCUCUCCGCGGCCUCCCCAGCUGCCAGACUUCCUCAGGUGCAGCCCCAGCCUCACGAAAACCUCUUUGGACUCGGCUCCGGCCCAGCUCCCGUCCGCGGCCUUUGUAGGCCCCAAACGUCCUGAAGCCGGGCCCACGGUGGCCUCUCCGGGCCCGGCUCCUGCCCUCCGACGGCGUCUCCACGCCCCAGACUUCCUCCAGCCAGCCUCUCCAGGCCCAGCUCCUCCUGCCGGCGGCCUCUGCAGGCCCACGCUGGCCUCGAUCGGCCUCCGCCGGCCCAGCUCCUGCCUCUCCGCGGCCUCCCCAGCUGCCAGACUUCCUCAGGUCAGCCUCUCCAGGCCCAGCUCCUCCUGCCUGCCACUGGCCUCUUGA